AUGUCUGCACCAGGCCAGCCAAAGCAAGAUUACGCCGAUAAGGGCCUCGACGCCAUUGAGAAGAAGAUUGGCCAGUCCUCUGGCCACCCAGUCGACGCGAACAAGAUGCGCAGCACGAACGAGAAGAUCACCGACAAAGCCCGCGGCAUGUUCGAGAAGGCCACCGGCAAGCAUGUGCCGGACAAGGUGUCCAACUAA